UGCAGAGUGGGUGACUUUCUGCCAGGAUCCUUUGGCCAUUCCUUCCUAGACGUCCUGUUCUAAACGCCUCCCGAUCCUUUCCUCCCUGCCUCACCACUUCCUGCCAUCGCCUCUGCGGCCUUCUGCGGCGGCGCAAGACCCUGCCCAAUCGAAAACACCUCACCGCUGAGAGGGGCAGGGAUUGGUCCCAUCUUCCUGAGGCCUCCGGGGAGGGGCGGGGCUUACAGUAGCUUAUCUGUACGUAUCGGCGGGGCGGUCCCAAGGCCGACGGAAGUGCUCUGUGUUGUUGCCGGAAGUGGGAAGAGAAAAGUUGUGAUGGCGGCUGCGACUGAAGCCGAGGAGGUGCCAGUUGGUAGCGUGGAGGAGGGGUCUGACCGGGCGGCGGAGGAACUGGCCGCCCAGAAGCGCGAACAGAGACUGCGCAAAUUCCGGGAGCUACAUCUGAAGCGGAAUGAAGCUCGUAAAUUGAAUCACCAGGAAGUUGUGGAAGAAGAUAAAAGGCUUAAGUUACCUGCAAACUGGGAAGCCAAAAAAGCUCGUUUGGAAUGGGAACUACAGGAAGAACAAAAGAAAAAGGAAUGUGCAGCAAGAGGGGAAGACUAUGAGAAAAUGAAGUUGCUAGAGAUCAGUGCAGAAGAUGCAGAAAGAUGGGAGAGGAAAAAGAAGAGGAAAAACCCUGAUCUGGGAUUUUCUGAUUAUGCUGCUGCCCAGUUACGCCAAUAUCAUCGGUUGACUAAGCAGAUCAAACCUAACAUGGAAGUGUAUGAGACGCUGAGAGAAAAACAUGGAGAAGAGUUUUUCCCAACAUCCAACAGUCUUCUUCAUGGAACACAUGUGCCUUCCACAGAGGAAAUUGAUAGGAUGGUCAUAGAUCUGGAAAAACAAAUUGAAAAACGAGACAAAUAUAGCCGGAGACGUCCUUAUAAUGAUGAUGCGGAUAUUGACUACAUUAAUGAAAGGAAUGCCAAAUUCAACAAGAAAGCAGAAAGAUUCUAUGGGAAAUAUACAGCUGAAAUUAAACAGAAUUUGGAAAGAGGAACAGCUGUUUAAUUCCAUCAGGAACUGUUUUUAGAAGUUUGAGAAUGGAGUGAAAAUUUCUGCUAGCAAAUUGAAGUUCUCUUAAAUUUUAUUAGUUAACCAGAACUUAGUCUAUACCUUCCCACUCAGCAUUUAGAAAUAAAAAUGUUUUUUCUUAAACAUAUACUUCCAUGUAUAUUUCCGCAUUUUUUGCACUUGGAUAUAAGAAGUAUUUCUUGUAGUGAAGUUGUUUUGUAAAAAUCUACUUUGUAUAAAUUCUAAUUAUAUUAUUUUUCUAUGUA